UAAGAGCGCCGGGACGUCAGUAUCAGUGCAGCGGCAGUAUCUAUGAGUGCAGCAGCGUCGUCUCCGACUUGCUAGUCUUAGGUAACUUACCAUGUAUGCCCACAUUAACGUCGAGCAGUGGUAGUGUGUUGUGAAUUAAAAAACCGUCCCCCGCAAAAACGAAAACUGGGCUUGCGUCACCGCCUGUCCCGACCUAGCAUAGCAAUAUGCCACCGCAUGCUGUGUAUUGUUGACAUUUAUUCAAAUUAUUGAAAAGCGAUGACGGGAGCGUGGGCGGCCUGCUUACUAGUGAUUCUACUUCCCUCAUGCAUCCCUUCGCCACACCGAGGCCGCCACCACCCCCCCGAGCCUCACGCCGAGGCCUACCACAUGUCCCGCGACCCCUUCGACCCGCACCGGGACUCGGAGGAGUUCCGACGAGACGCCCCGGACGACAAGCGGGAGUUUACGCGUCGCGACUCCGAAGAUGAUCCCCUGGUCAUCCAGACAAAGAAAGGGAAAGUCCGCGGCAUCUCCCUCACGGCCGCCACGGGAAAGAAGGUCGACGCGUGGCUGGGAAUCCCCUACGCGCAGAAACCGCUCGGCAACCUCCGGUUCCGGCACCCGCGGCCUGCGGAAAAGUGGGAGGGCGUGAUGAACACGACUAGCCAGCCGAAUUCCUGCGUGCAGAUUAUAGACACAGUGUUUGGGGAUUUCCCAGGUGCGACCAUGUGGAACCCCAACACACCGUUGAACGAAGACUGUCUUUACGUGAACGUGGUGGUGCCGAAGCCGAGGCCGACCAGUGCCGCGGUCAUGGUGUGGGUGUUCGGGGGUGGGUUCUACUCCGGGACGAACACUUUAGAAGUUUACGACCACAACAUACUAGUGUCCGAAGAGAACAUUAUUUUAGUUUCGAUGCAGUAUAGAGUUGCUUCGCUCGGAUUCCUGUAUUUCGGGACGCCGGACGUUCCGGGAAAUGCAGGAUUGUUUGACCAAAUGAUGGCGUUGCAAUGGGUACGUGAUAACAUCGCCGCUUUCGGAGGAAACCCCAACAAUAUCACUCUAUUCGGAGAAUCAGCAGGAGCUGUUUCAGUCUCCCUGCAUCUACUCUCUCCAUUAUCGAGAAACCUAUUCUCACAAGCUAUCAUGGAAUCUGGGAGUGCGACAGCACCUUGGGCUAUAAUCUCCCGUGAAGAAAGCAUUUUGCGAGGAUUGAGACUAGCAGAAGCUGUGGGUUGUCCGCAUGAGCGCCACGAGCUUUCCGCUGUUAUAGACUGCUUAAAAAAGAAAGACCCUAUUGAUUUAGUCAAUAACGAAUGGGGAACACUCGGCAUAUGUGAGUUUCCGUUCGUCCCAGUCAUUGAUGGAGCCUUUCUGGACGAAUCCCCCACACGGGCUCUGGCAAACAAAAACUUCAAAAAAACCAAUAUCCUCAUGGGUUCUAACACAGAAGAAGGCUACUACUUCAUAAUCUACUACUUGACCGAACUGUUCCGAAAGGAGGAGAACGUUUACGUCAACCGGCAGGAAUUCCUGCGGGCUGUAACCGAACUGAACCCGUACUUCAACGCGAUUUCGCGCCAAGCAAUCGUCUUCGAAUACACCAACUGGUUAAACCCCGACGACCCGGUGAGCAACCGCGACUCCCUCGAUAAAAUGGUAGGCGACUACCACUUCACUUGCAACGUCAACGAAUUCGCCCACCGGUACGCCGAAACCGGCAACACGGUCUACAUGUACUACUACAAGCACCGGACAGUGGCGAAUCCCUGGCCCUCCUGGACCGGCGUGAUGCACGCCGACGAAAUCAACUACGUCUUCGGGGAACCACUCAAUCCCACUAAAAGCUACACAGCACAAGAAGUCGAUCUGAGUAAGCGAAUCAUGAGAUACUGGGCCAAUUUCGCCAAGACGGGCAACCCGAGUCAGUCGCCGAACGGCGUUUGGACACCCACUUUCUGGCCCCCGCACACAGCUUUCGGAAGGGAGUUUCUCACCCUCGAUGUCAACUCCACUGCCACAGGGAGGGGACCUAGACUCAAGCAGUGUGCCUUCUGGAAGAAAUACCUACCUCAACUUCAGCAGCAAACGAGCGAGCUUCUGAACCAACCGCCCCGGCAAAACUGUACCGACGCGGCCAGUUCGUUGCGAUGGUCAAGAGACGGCGCUGCCGGCCUCCUGAUGGUGUCGACAGUGGCGGCGCUCCUCGCGGGGCCUUUCUAACUUAGAGAAAAGUCCGUUUAGGAGUUCCCCUGAAGCGCAUUAGAAACUAGCGCCUUGAAACAUAUCUCUAGUAUUGUGUGUGAGGUAUUCAAAAUCAACACGACAGAAAUAAGAAAAAUGGGAUCGGUUUAUAGAUUUUCGCUUUUAUUGCUACGUAGAGUCAAUCAAUGCUGCAGCGGACUCGCUUGUGACGUAACAAAAUUCAUGUUCACCCGGCCUAUACAGGUGGCUGCAAUGCGAUCGGAAUUGUCGAAUCGCUGAAAAACUAAAUCGAGGAAAAGAAAAUUUUCAGUUUUUUCUUUCAUAUCGGUGGUUGUGCUGACGAGAGGGCGCUGCCAGCGACCAUUCGCACUAAAUUUUUAUACUACUUGUAUAUGAUACGGACCAGUGUUACGAGGUUGCAGAGAUUGCUUCUUAGCAGCUUAAUGUUAGGGCCUAUAACUGUUAGUACUUAGCCACUAUCACUUAGUUCUAGGGCUGUGCAUACAUGUGAAACGAAUUUUCGUGUCUCCCGGAUCUGUCGCUCACCCAGCAAAGAUGGAAAACACAGGGACGAACACCCUGACACAAAUGCCAACCUAGUAACAACAAAUACUCUGCUACACUAUGUCUUUGCUGCCUUAUUCAAGAAAUAGUUGACAAAUAAACUAUUGGAUCUCUCUAUCCUAGUCUAGUAGAUAGUACUCUAGUGCCUCCGCGAUAGUAGUAUUAGCGUUCUGAGUGAUUUUUAUCGAUUUAAGAAACAUUCUCAUGUCACACAAUCACUCAGUCGCCUUUUUUCUUAUGCUCGCCCUGCAUUUACUACUCAAACAUAUCCAGAUUAUGGUGCAAAACAAUACUAUCUAAAAUAACCUAAAUAAAAACUUAGAAAAUACUCUCAAAAAACACUGUACAUAAUUAAAAAACUCAUGUUUAGCUGAAUUGAAUGUUAGUACCAGGACGCGGACGCCAUGUUGCCAUCCCCCACCUCACUAAACCUGUGAAUACCCCGAUCAGUAUUACCGACUCUCCCGACACACGUGCCACUAGACAUUCUGACUGAACUUUCUUUCAUAAUACAAUUAUUUUUCUUAUUAGAACGAAACAUAGCGUCCGCAGUCACUCUGUAGAUAGGUGUUAGUUAAGUUAUUGGCAUCGAUAGGUAAGAAGUGGCAAUGCUUCUGAAUUAAUUAAAGUCAAACUAAUAAUUGUUAUCACCGAAAGCAGAUGGCGCCGCGGAAAGAUGGCGAACGAGAUAACGCACGUUCUUCGUAUUUCCCCGUUUCACCUUCUGUGAAACGACCAGUAAUAUUGUAAAUUUUGUAACGUUGUCGUAGAUUUUCAUAAAAUUGCACUGGGUGUGGCUAUAGAUAAUAAUCGUUAUUAAGUUUUUAGGUAAAAUUCAAAUUUGAGAGAAAACAAUUGGUUUCUUCAACACGCUGUACUAGGGUCGCUUAUUACUAUGUAACAAAUGACAAAGUGUUAAUUGCAGUUUAAUGUGAGCAUUCACAACAAAAUGUAUGUUAUUUUACUAUUGAAACAAACUUUUAUAAGACACUGACUGGCAAAAACAUUUCAAAAAGGAAUUAUAUAAAACAAUGUCUCGAAAAAUAAGUAUUAGGUGUUCCAAAAAAUAAUAAUAAUGAACAUAUCAUUAUAGGCUAGUCGAAUAGAAUAAAUUACAUAUCCAUGCUUUAUGAUAUUCAGUACAGUUUGUAGGCUACUUUGAUUGCUUAGAAACGAUACAAUGUUUGUGAUAUGUAUAUUCAUUUGUUUGAGUUGUAACCGAACCGUUGAGUACCUAACUGAACCAAUAUGUACCUUUUGCAUUGUGAUGGACCUGUAACUUUAUUCUUCCAAAAUAUAUCGUUUCUAAGUAUUUGAAAAUCGUUCAAAAUGGCUUGUCAGAUUCUUCCAGUUUCAAUCUAAGGGCUACCUUUGAAUAAUAGUUAAGGAGAAAAAGGAAAUUAACUAAGUAAAUAUACUUUAAAAGCCUAAUAGAACAGCGAAAUUAAUAAAAAAGAUUGUCCAAAGCAAUUUAUUCUUCUUAUGAAUUUAUUUUGUAAAACAAUUUAAACUUAGUUAAUGUGAUAAGAGUAUAAGAAAAAUAUUUAAAUGGUAUUCUAUAGUUAAACUGUUUCGUUUCAUUAGAUUUAGAUUUUUCUAGUGUCAUAUGUUUCGUUAUAUCGAACAGUUCCGUUAGUUGAUACAUCUACAUCUAUUUAUGCUACUAUAGAUGGCCUAUAGUCAACAGUAAACUAUGCUUAUUAUUUUAAAAUAUAUUGUAAAAUAUUAUUAUAAAUAUAUUAUUGAUUAUAUAGGAUUGUUGUAGGCCAUUGGCUGUAUAAUUAUUAUUGACGAUUGAUUGAAUUAAAAUAAAUGAAUGCUUGUACAGA